AUGCAAUUUAAUCGAUAUAUUCAUUCAACCACGCGUUUACUUGAAAGACGUCGUUUUCUUCCAAGGACGAAAAUUUCAAUAAAUCUUUUAUCUCGUCGGUUUACUCAUUCUGAUUCUAAACCUGACGAAAACGUGCGAUUAAUUUUUGAUGAUUCGGAUACUUGGAAUAAUUACACUUCCCGUUCAAAGACCAUAGCAGCGUUAGAAUAUGGCACCUCCUUAGCAACAAGAAAACUUACCGGUUUAUUUCGUAACCCUGAUUUAGCAACGCCACAAGGAUUUCAUAUAGAAGCUGAAAAGGCGUUAAGACGAGUAAAAUUAUUGGUCCAUCGGAUCACCAAGGCAAAUACUGAAGGAGAAUUAAGAAAAGUGGUAAAGAAUCUGGAUAGACUUUCCGAUGCGCUCUGCUCAGUUAUUGAUAUGGCCGAGUUUGUGAGAACAUCCCAUCCCGAUCCAAAGUUUGCACAAGCUGCCAAUUGGGCUUACGAAUACCUUUGUUCUUAUAUGAAUUCUCUAAAUACAAAUACCGAAUUAUAUAAGGUUCUGAAGAAAGUACUUUCAACGCCUAGUAUUGUCUCUCAAUUCUCUUCGGAAGAACUACAAGUAGCAAACAUAUUUUUACGCGAUUUUGAGAAAUCUGGUAUCUACCUUUCUUCUUCAGAUCGUGAGCAGUUUGUACAAUUGUCAGAUAGAAUUAUUGCACUUGGUCGUCAAUUCACACAAAAUUUACCUCAGAAAUGCAUAAACCACAUCGAUGUCGACGUUUCACUCCUUGAGGGAUUACAUCCUAGUCUCGGUAAAGACGCAAAAGAAAGUACUGCCACCUUAUCGACUAGAGCAUGGGAGGCACAGAUGGUUUUAAAAUUUGUAAAAGAUGAAAAGGUUAGAAAAGAGAUGUACAUUGCGGCUAAUUCCGCGACGCCAGAACAACUUGUUUUGUUGGAAGAUUUAUUAGAAACGAGAGCCAUGCUAGCAAAAUUAAUUGGAAUGGAGAGCUAUAGCCAUAUAUUUCUAAUUGAUAAAAUGGUAAAAAAUGCAGAAAAUGUACAGACAUUCCUGCGAACUCUCGCUGAUCAUCAUAGACCAAAAGCUCUUGCUGAUCUUCAACUACUCCAAGAAGCGAAACGAAUACAUACUAGAAGCGAAACUUUACCAACUGUUUAUGCGUGGGAUCGCGAUUUCUAUACAGAAAAAAUAUCCACACAGCCUGUUACAUCAAUAUCACCAUAUUUCUCUGUUGGUUCAGUGAUUCAAGGUUUAUCUAGAUUAUUCUCACGAUUAUAUGGUAUCUCGUUUGAACCUGCAGAUAUAAUUCCCGGAGAAGUAUGGCAUGAGGAUGUACGUAAGCUUGAUGUCAUCGAUGAACAAGAAGGAAAGAUAGGCAUUAUAUAUUGCGAUUUAUUUAACCGUACCGGCAAAUUUCAAAAUGCGGCACAUUAUACGGUGAAAUGUUCAAGACGUGUCGAUGACGAUGAUGGAGUUGGAGAUAUACCAUCAGGUAUCGAUCUAACAGAAAUGGGAGAAUUAUUAAAGUCUGACCAUGGCGUAAGGAUUAAAGGCAAGACAGGAAGAUAUCAAUUGCCUGUUAUAGUCCUUACUUGCGACUUUGCAAAGCCAAAAGGAAGAAACAAACCGAGUUUACUAAAUUGGGUUGAAGUUGAAACAUUAUUUCAUGAAAUGGGACAUGCAAUGCAUUCUAUGAUUGGUCGGACGGAUUUUCACAACGUGUCUGGAACGAGAUGUCCAACGGAUUUCGUUGAACUACCAUCAAUUUUGAUGGAAUAUUUCGUUUAUUCUCCAAAAGUUCUUUCACUUUUUGCAAAGCAUCACGAGACACGUGAAGCAAUACCAUUAGACCUUAUUAAAUCUCAUGUCAAGGCCAGAUUACAAUUCUCAGCAAUGGAAACUCAAUCGCAAAUACUUAUGGCAUUACUUGAUCAAUUAUAUCAUUCAAAACUUGCAACAAAGUCAGAGUCCUCUAAUUCAUAUGAUACAACAGCAAUUUUAUACAAAUUACAAGAUACUGUUGGAUUAUUUCCUUCAGUAUCAGGUACAGCAUGGCAAGUACAGUUUGGACAUUUAUUUGGAUAUGGCGCAGGUUAUUACAGUUAUCUCAUCGGUAGAGUCUUGGCAGGUAAAAUUUGGAAAGAAAUUUUUGAAAAAGAUCCGUUAAAUAGAGAGGCCGGUCAACUAUUUCGUGAAGAAGUUUUAAAAUGGGGAGGAUCAAGAGAUCCUUGGUUAUGUGUCGGCAAAGCAUUAAGGGAUGAUAGAAUAAUCGCUGGUGAUAGUAAAGCAGUUUCAAUUGUUGGUGAAUGGGUUGAUUUUCUAUAA